AUGGAUAGACGGAUGAGUGACUAUUAUGACUAUAUCGAUGAGAAUUCGAUUGAUCAUCGUUUGAUUUGUCAUGCAUGUUUGAAACCAUUAAUUCAGCCGGUCAUAACUCCAUGUAAGAAUCAAUUCUGUCGAUGUUGUAUUGAAGAAACACUUGACGAACAUUAUUUACAAUGUGACGAAUGUGAAAAAUUACAUUUAACCAAUCAGUUGCGAUCGUUAGAGAAUUCAUUUACCUUGAUGGCGCUUGAUCAACUGAAAAUCAAAUGUAAACUAUGUGGUAAAGGUAAUCUUCAACGUGCGAAGUUCUCUGAACAUAUCUAUGAACACUGUCCAAGGGCGAUUGUUAUGUGUUCGACAGAUAUGAACAACUGUCCUUGGAUUGGUCUACGUGAAGAUCUUCAAACUCAUUUAAUCUCGUGUGAAUAUCGUACAUCUGUUUCACAAAAUUCAUUCGACGACAAAUACGGCGAGUUUUUACCAUUUUCGAACGUUGAUUUACAACAACGACAAAUAUAUAAUCACGAUAUCGCAAUAGCAGUCAAAGCGUUGCUAGUCAAUCAACGGUGUACAUGUUUAGAUUUGUUCAACAAGGGAAUAUCCUCGGACGAAAUGUUUGUCAUAGCGUCGGUUUUGUCAAAUGAUCGAUUGUUGACUACACUAAGCCUUCGAAAUAAUCGCUUAUGCGAUUCCGGUGUACAAUUCAUCUCUCAUGCGCUGUUGACAAAUUCGUGUUUGAAACGCUUGGAUCUCAAUGAGAAUUCAAUAACAGAUACUGGUGUUCGAUUAAUAGCUGAAAUGUUGAAAACCAACCAAAGUUUAACGAAAUUGACAUUAUCAUUUAAUCGCAUCACUAACGAAGGACUAAAUAUGUUGAUCGAAGUGUUAAUUGAUAACAAUACAACGUUGCAACAUCUAUGUUUAGCAGGAAAUCAAGCGAUUGAUCACACGUCGACUAAUUCGAUCAUGAAUUUGAUUCGAUGCAAUCAAUCGUUAUUAAUACUCAAUUUAGAAGAUUGUCAUCUGUCUUGGUGGAGCAAGAAGAAAAUAACUUUGUAUAAAACAGUACAUUUUCGCGCGGUUUUGGAGAUUUUAUUCUAA